AUGAGGUCCAUGAACCAGAAAAAGUUCCUCGAGCAGUACGUCUACGCUCUCGAGAAUGAUUUCACCUCUCCGAAUGGGGAGCCUGCAGCCUGGGCGCCCGACCAUCCCAAAUAUUGGGGCCAAGAAAGAGCGAAGAUCGGUCUCGAUGGAAACAGAAUCACGCCUGCGCUCAGUCCUGAUAAUCGGUUCCUUGCAGUAGGAGCCGAGCAAGAAAUCCAUGUUAUCGACGUGACUACGCAGGAGCGUCUUGAGGUGCUGCGCGGUCAUAGCGGGGAGUUGGAGAAGGUUCAGUUUGCACCAGAACUGGUCGAUCACGGCGACAAUCAAAAUGGGACUCGCUAUCUAUUGGUCUCAGAAUGUGACGCGGAGAUAGUGAUCCUAUGGGAACUGAACGAGCGGGGGAACCUCGUGCUGUCGAAAGAGGACAAAGAAAAGGCCGUUGACGCCGAUACCCUCGCCACCGAGACAUUGCAACCUCUUGUCUCCAAGCUGGUCACGGACCAUGGCUGGAAUACCGACGACAAAGCAAUUGACGCUCUAAAUAACGAGGUGCGGAGUGCUCUUCGUAGCGCUAUUACCCUGCACGAACAAGAACGAAGACUCUGCUUCCGCGGCCAGCUGGCCUCCUUCGGCAGUGCCGCCUUCAGCCCUGACGGCAAGACGCUGCUCUAUCUCAGCCAGAACGAGUCGACUCAGGGGGGAUCUCGGGACGCUACAUCCCUGCCCUGUGUCAAUGUGUGGGAUGUCGAGAAGAGAUAUCUCCGACACCAACUACUCGGCCACGCAGAUGCCAUCAUGUGGACUGCUAUGAGCCCAGACAGCAGACUAGUCGCAUCUAUUGCAUGGGACGGCACAGCACGGAUUUGGGACACUACCUCGGGGGAGUGUCUCCGCGUCGUGGGACCGCUAGGCGGCCAACUCUGGAGCGGUGCAUUCUCCCCAGAUGCAAAAUGGCUUGCCAUCAGCCAGGGCAGUCCCAAGACGCAUAUCCAUGUCUACGAUAUUAGCACAGGGGAGCCAGUGUCUCGCUUUGACGGAAGUCGUCGCUGGGCGCGGUCCUUGGCUUGGAGUCCCGAUGGGACUAUGCUCGCGUGCGGGACCGAUGACAGCACGCUGUUCAUCUGGGAUCCUAUCACGGGGCAGGAGCGGAUGCGCUGGCGUUUGGCGUUUGAGGAUUGGAUGAUGCGUAGUUUUGCGAGUAUUGGUGGAGUGCGGUUCCUGGAUGGCGGCCGGAAGUUGAUCUUUCAGAUCAGAGAGGGGACGGUCGAGAUCUAUGAUUUCGAGACUAAUCUCAAGCAGCAGCUUACAAGAGGUGCUGAAGAUCAGAUUGACCAAUGUCCUAACUCGGAGGUGGUUUGUUCGGCGGACUCGAGACUUAUUGUCGUUCCGGAUGGGGACGGGGUGUUGAGGGUUUGGGAUCUUUAG